AUGUCUGCCGCACAGCUUUUGAACCCGAAAGCCGAGUCCCGGCGGAGGGGUGAAGCUCUGAAGGUAAACAUCACCGCCGGCGAGGGCCUCCAGGAUGUCUUGAAGUCCAACCUGGGUCCCCUGGGCACCCUCAAGAUGUUGGUGGAUGGCGCUGGACAGAUCAAGCUCACCAAGGACGGCAACGUCCUCCUGCGCGAGAUGCAGAUCCAGAACCCGACCGCCGUCAUGAUCGCGCGCGCCGCCACCGCCCAGGAUGACAUCUGCGGCGACGGGACCACCUCGGUCGUGCUGCUGGUCGGCGAGCUCCUGAAGCAGGCGGACAGAUACAUCUCCGAGGGGCUGCACCCGAGAAUCAUCACCGAAGGCUUCGAGAUCGCCAAGAACGAGUCCCUGAAAUUCCUCGACUCCUUCAAGCUGGCCAAGGAGGUCGACCGCGAACUGCUCCUGUCCGUCGCCCGGACGUCGCUCGCCACAAAGCUGAACGCCACCCUGGCCGCCAACCUGACCCCCGAUAUCGUCGAUGCCGUCCUGGCCAUCUACCAGGCCCCCGCCAAGCCCGACUUGCACAUGGUCGAGAUCAUGAAGAUGCAGCACAGAACCGCCUCGGAUACCCAGCUGAUCCGCGGCCUGGCCCUGGACCACGGCCCCAGACACCCCGACAUGCCCAAGCGCGUCGAGAACGCCCACAUCCUGACCCUCAACGUCAGUCUGGAGUACGAGAAGUCCGAGAUCAACUCCAGCUUCUUCUACUCGAGCGCCGAGCAGCGCGACAAGCUGGUCGAGAGCGAGCGGAGGUUCGUGGACGCCAAGCUGAAGAAGAUUGUCGAGCUGAAGAAGGAGGUGUGCGGAAACGACCCCAAGAAGAGCUUUGUCAUCGUCAACCAGAAGGGCAUUGACCCGCUGUCGCUUGACGUCCUGGCCAAGAACGGCAUCUUCGCCCUGCGAAGGGCCAAGAGAAGAAACAUGGAGCGCCUGCAGCUGAUCUGCGGCGGUAUUGCGCAGAACAGCGUCGAGGAUCUCUCGCCCGACAUCCUGGGCUGGGCAGGACAGGUGUACGAGCAGCAGCUGGGCGAGGAGAAGUACACCUUUAUCGAGGAUGUGAAGGAGCCCAAGUCGGUAACCCUGCUGAUCAAGGGGCCGAACCAACACACCAUUGCACAGAUCUCUGACGCCGUCAGAGACGGCCUGCGCAGUGUCUACAACAUGAUCGUCGACAAGAGCGUUGUACCGGGUGCGGGUGCUUUCCAGGUUGCCUGCGCUACUCACCUGAAGAGCGAUGCCUUCAAGAGAACCGUCAGGGGCAAGGCCAAGUGGGGUGUGGAUGCCUUCGCAGAUGCCCUGCUCAUCAUUCCCAAGACGCUUGCCGCCAACGCCGGUCAUGAUAUCCAGGAUGCCCUUGCGGCACUCCAGGAUGAGCACGUUGACGGCAACGUUGUCGGAUUGGACCUGAUCACGGGCGAGCCCAUGGACCCCACCCUAGAGGGCGUCUUUGAUUCCUUCAGAGUACUUCGCAACUGCGUUGCAUCAUCAUCAAGUAUCGCGGCGAACCUGCUCUUGUGCGACGAGCUGCUCAAGGCACGACAGAUGGGUAGACAAGGCGGCCCCGGCCCCGGCAUGGACGGGCCUGAGGAAUAG